UCGAGGACUUCCAUUUGGAUGCACAAAGGAAGAAAUUGUUCACUUCUUCUCAGGGUUGGAAAUCGUGCCAAAUGGGAUCACAUUGCCUGUGGCCCUCAAAGGCAAGAUUACAGGGGAGGCUUUAGUGUAGUUUACCUCACAGGAGUUAGCAGAGAAGGCUCUAGGGAAGCACAAGGAGAGGAGAGGGCACAGGUAUACCAAGGUGUUCAAGAGCAGUCAGGAGGAAGUCAGGUCAUACUCUGAUCCCCCUCUGAAGUUCAUGUCUGUGCAGCGCCCAGGGACCUAUGACUGGCCUGGCACAGCCAGAAGAUACACAGGCAUUGUGAAGCAAGCAGGCCUACAUAGGAUGCGGCAAAGUGCCUAUAGCACUGGCUAUGGGGGAUAUGAGGAAUACAGUGGCCUCAGCAAUGGCUACGGCUUCACCACUGACCUGUUUGGGAGAGACCUCAGUUAUUGUCUCUCCGGAAUGUAUGACCACAGAUAUGGAGACAGCGAGUUCACAGUGCAGAGCACCACCGGCCACUGCGUCCACAUGAGGGGGCUACCAUAUAAAGCUACCGAGAACGACAUUUACAACUUCUUCUCUCCACUCAACCCUGUGAGAGUUCACAUUGAGAUUGGCCCAGAUGGAAGAGUGACGGGAGAAGCAGAUGUUGAGUUUGCCACUCAUGAAGAAGCUGUGGCGGCUAUGUCUAAAGACAGA